AUUUGAUGAUGAUGCCCAAAUGACUGCUCAAGCCUAUGCUCAUGCAUUUAAUGAUGAUGUCCCAGUGACUGCUCAAUCCUAUGCUCAAGCACCUAAGAAGAGAAAAAAGACAAGUGCAGCAGCUAAGGUGGUCUCAAAAGGCAAUGUUGCAGCACCAUCUUCAAGUGCAAAAGCACCAUCUUCAAGUGCAGCAGCUAAGGUGGUCUCAAAAGGCAAUGUUGCAACACCAUCUUCAAGUGCAAAAGCACCACCUUCAAGUGCAAAAGCACCAUCUUCAAGUGCAGCAGCUGAUAAUAUUGACAACAUUCUGGCAGGAAAAUGGUAUCCCACUGACUUUGACAAAUUUAUGGCUUUCAUCAAGAGGUAGAACAUCAUAGACUGUUU